CUGUCAUAUUUUUGUUGAUAAUAUAUUAAGUUAAGCUUAUGCGCUGCUCAGAUUAAAGAAAUUGUUAAAAAUGGAUACCUUAAGGUUUUAUUUUGUGACCUGGAAUGUGGCUACUAAGUCUCCAGGUCAAGACUUGAAUUCCUUAUUGGAUUUUCCAUCACAAUUUAAUAGAAAUAAACCUUUACCAGAUUUCUAUGUUAUUGGUCUACAAGAGGUCAAAUCGGCUCCUCAGAACAUGGUAAUGGACAGUUUGUUCACUGACCCAUGGACAUCUACCUUUAAUAAGAUACUAUGUAGACAAGGCUUCAUCAUUGCAAAGACAGUAAGGCUGCAAGGCAUCUUACUGAUAGUGUAUACACAGCUGAAACAUGUUACACAUCUUCGGGAUAUUGAAGCUCAAUAUACUAAAACUGGAUUUGGAGGCCUAUGGGGGAACAAAGGUGCGGUUAGUGUGAGGUUCAAUAUCUAUGGUUGUUCAGUGUGCCUUGUAAAUUGUCACCUUACAGCACAUGAACAUUUACACCAUCAUCGUGUUACUGAUUACAACACAAUAGUAAAUAACCACACAUACCAUGUCACGGAAACUACCCAUAUUUUGUACCAUGACUAUGUGUUCUUCAUUGGAGAUUUGAACUGUCGUCUUGAUCAUCCGUCUGGUGAAAGCCCUUCAGCUGAAGAAAUUGCUGCCCAGUUACAAGAGGUAGAAAAAGAUAAAUAUGCAUCACUGCUCAAAUAUGACCAGUUGUAUGCUUCCCAGGAAUUAGAUGAAGCAUUCGUUGAGUUAACGGAACCUGAGAUUAGGUUCCCACCUACCUACAAGUAUAUAUUGGGCACAGAUGAUUAUGAUCUCAAGAGAAAACCAUCAUGGACGGACAGGAUACUGUACAAAGUUGUACCAAAUAAUUACGAGAACAUAACUCUGAGAGCGGAUUGCUUAAGUUACAAUGACCUACCACAUUACACAGUUAGUGACCAUAAACCCGUGGUAGCAGUUUAUACCAUCAAGGUUCAGAGGCUCCUCACUCGCUCCCUGCUGGCUGAUGUCCCGAGAGCAGCACGCUCUAUGAUCAGAAUGCGGACCGCUCUCGUCAAGCCUUCGGAUACCUCUAAAGACGAGGCGGGCACUAGCACUCCUGAUGUCCCUGAAGGUGAAGAAAUAGAAGAAGUAUGUGAUAACGUAGAUGGCGUCUUCGUCUCAGAUGAGGUGAUGGCAAAUUAUACAGAGAAGACGGUGGAAUUCGCACCCGUUGUGAGGAUCUGGUACAUCGGGGACGCGGACUUUAGGACGCAGUGCACGUUGUCACCCGACGUUGAAAUAAACCCUAAUGAUUGGAUCGGCAUUUACGAUGCGGAUUUCCAAAAUCUAGACGACUACAUAGCGUACGAAUACCUCGCGAAAGUAUCAUUACCACUUUCUGAUUCAUCUGGGAGUGGACAGGCGCGCACCAUCACGCUCAGCUUCCCCGUGGGAAGUGGUGUACGCACGCCUGGUUUCUACAGGUUCAUAUACUUCAGCCAGCCCAAUAGCGAAGUCAGGAGUGUCUUAGGUAUAUCAGAUCCUUUCGAAGUGUGCAGCAAAGAAGAUGCUCUGGUUACAAUAGACCCUUGCGAGCAGGCGUCCACCAGCACGGGUCAUGGAAAGCCGAGUACCGCCACCUCCGACUUGUUCACCGACUUCACCGGCCUCGAUGUCACCAAGCUGUCGCGACACUUCGCCAAUGACCUCAACAUCGACUGACUAAAGACUUAUCUUCCCAGCUCACCUGUCGCUAGGAAGAAACGAGAACAAUAAAAAGGUAUUUUUAAGUGUAAAUGUCACUUAUAGUGACCCCUGUAUAGUUGAGACAUUUUUUUUAAAUCAUCAUCAUCAUCAUCAUCUUCUUCUUCUUCAUCAAUCCGUGUCAGUCAUUAUUGGACAUAUGUCUUGUUGAAUAUUGAGUACAUACAAUUUUUUAUCUGUUAAAUUAGUUUUAGAGUCACUAAAUUCAUUAAUAUGACAAUCUAACUACCGCAUUUUGAGUGGUCAAUAAGGGUCACUUUUUCGUGUAUUAUUAGAUGUUAACUAAAUCAAAACUUAGGGGGACCACUUAACAACUCUGUGUGGCAAUAAGUGCUAUUGAUGUUUUGAUAGUUGAUUCCUUAUUUUUAGCAGGUACAUUUUUUAUAGCACUAAACUAUAGCCUUAAGAUUAAAA